AUGGGGUUUCAGAACUCUAUAUCCCAGAGUGCCUUGCCCUUGGCCAUCCAGGAAAGGGAACAGCCGCCAGCCUAUCCCAACAAGGAGGUGUGGUACCACUAUGGAAGAAAAACUCCAGGGGAAUUGCAGGGGACUUCAGUGGCUGUGGGCAGGUCCAAGACACCACCCAUCAAUUUGGCGACAGGCAGACGGACAGACGGCAGGACGGAUACACGGGUGGGGGCUGUGCUAGGAGGCUCGGCGGCAGGCUGGUGGAAGAUGUCGUCAGGAGCCGGUGGGAGGGGUGGACGGCGGCUCAGGGGGACAGCAAGCAGUGGCGGUGGAGGAGGGAGAGGAGGAGCAGGAGAGGCAGAGGAAGGGCCUGUGGGGAUCCCUUUUCCUGAGCACAGCGCCGACAUCCUGGGCAGCCUGAACAAGCAGCGACUCAGUGGCCUGCUAUGCGAUGUGCUCUUGGUUACACAGGAUCGUGAGUUCCCAGCACACCGUUCCGUCCUGGCAUCCUGCAGCUCCUAUUUCCACAAGCUCUUCACUUCAGGGGCUGCUGCUGACCAACAGAACAUCUACAACAUCGACUUUGUGGCGGCGGAGGCUCUUGGUGCAUUGCUGGACUUUGCCUACACAGCCACACUGACAGUCAGUCACAGCAGUGUGGCUGACAUCCUUGCUGCUGCACGCCUCCUGGAAAUCCCACCUGUCCAGGAUGUCUGUACGCACCUGCUGGACACCAAAGUGCUCUCCCCGCCGGCGGGCAGUGAGCGAAAAGAUGAAGAUGACGAAGGUAAAGGCAGAGGUGGCCAGGAGCAGGGGAACCGCGUGCGGGCCCGGGAGUAUUUGGAGUACUUCCAGAGAGGGGCGCACUGGAGCAGCAGCUGCAGCACGCCAGAGCUCAGGGACCUGCCCACACACCUGCACUUUAACCAUGGUAAUGGGGGGGCCCCUAGUAAUGGAACUCCUGGUGGUCCUGGUGAGUACUACUCACCCCUUGCCUUGGCCUUGGCCCAGCCUCCAACACAAGAGCUAGAGGAGGAGGAUGACGAUGAGGAGGAAGAGGAGGAUGGGGAUGCCGUGCAGGGGAAUGGAGGGAGCCUGGGGUCGUCGUACUAUCCUCCAUCUCAAAACGGGCACUUCUAUCUCCCCCCUGAGUCCAGGCUAGGGCAGGAAACAGAGGUGGAGGAUGGAGGCAGGGAGGUGAUGGCAAGGGAGAGGGGUUCAGCCAGUGCCCUUCUACAACAGAUGAUGGACUCCAUAGAAAGGCAGAAGAAGCGUGCAAUGGCUGGUGAAGAACUGGGGGACGGCGAUGAUGCUGACGUGGAAUUUUACUUGAAUUAUUUUAACAGCACGCAGCACGAGGAUACAGCUUCUGCUGCUGUGACACAGGGAGUGCAGCCGCUCUGGUUAUCACGGGGCAGUACAGGCCAAGACAGAGUUGGAGUAGGAGAGAGGGGGGCUGGAGAGAGAGGCGGUGGGGGUGGAGGAGGAGGUGGAGGAGAGAGGAAGAUGCGCUCUAAGGCCUUCCAGAAGUGCCCCAUAUGCUCCAAGGUCAUUCAAGGAGCAGGCAAGCUACCCCGCCACAUCCGAACGCACACGGGAGAAAAACCCUAUGAAUGCGCCAUCUGCAAAGUGCGCUUUACCAGGCAGGACAAGCUCAAGGUUCAUAUGCGGAAGCAUACAGGAGAGAAGCCUUACCUGUGUACGCAGUGUGGAGCAGCCUUUGCUCACAACUACGACCUAAAGAAUCACAUGCGUGUUCACACCGGCCUGCGCCCCUACCAGUGCUCUAGCUGCUUUAAGACUUUUGUGCGCUCGGAUCACCUGCAUCGCCACCUCAAGAAGGACGGCUGCAACGGCAUUCCCUCUCGCCGCGGCCGAAAGCCUCGAGUGCGAGAGCCUGGGCUCCUUGACGCCCCCUUGGGUUUGCUGAGCCCCAGCCCUGACACUGGACCUGGGCCUCGUACCAUUAGGGGACGGCGGCGCUCUGAGGCAACUUCAGUGGCAGAGGUGGAGGAGGCUGCUGAAUCCCAUGCACACAGUCCUCAGCUGCAGGAGUUGGCAGGGGAGGCAGGGCCCUGAGACUGCAGGGGAGACAAGGACACACUGCUGGACACAGUCACUCUGCACCGCCUGUGAGACAGGCCAGUGAACACAGAGGAGAAAAAACAUGCAAAGGCAAACUUUAAAAAAAACAAAAAAAAAACGAAAACAACUAAAUAUUCCUCUAUAAACCAAAUCAGGGUGUCACAAAGAUCUAAUCUUUAUAUUUCUUUUUCCUUAUACUUUAGGAAUUGGAGUAGACAUGCAAGCACUUGACUCAGUUUUUCUGUUAAAGAGCAAAGAACGCUUCAAAUCACACACCCAUGACGUCCACUUUCUGGGUCAUUUCUGUCUUUAUAAUAUUUGGGGUUUUAUACAUUGGCAAUUGUGCUUAGGCAGAUGUAUAUUAGAUACAAAGAAGCUCAGCAACUAUGCAGUUGAUUUAGAUUUUAUUGGUUUUGUCCUCACAGCCUUCAAGCUCUGAGCAAGGUGUCUGUCAAGCACCUUCUGGCUGUUGUACGGGUGAAGCGAGGACAAAUCCUCCCCGUGAAAACAACUCUUUUUCUAUUCUUUUGCAGGUCUGAAAUGUACAGUUACCAUAGAAACAACAUUGCCACAAUAUGGCAUAUGCAAGGAAAACUCACUACCAUUUUGAUGCAACAGUUUUUUUCCUCUCUUUAAAUGUUCCAGAAAGAAUCAGACAAGGGUUUGAUUGAAGUGUUACUUACUCCAUAAGAUGCAUUUUAAGAUUUUAUGGUUUGUCUUAUUGAAAAACAAAUUUAUGUUGAGUCGAAUCCACAUUAAUGGGGGCUCGUCAAUUGCAGGACUAGGGAAUAUGUGGGGUGGAGGGUUUGUGUUUUUGAAGCACUACCAUCGUCAAUGUAUCUGUUGGCUUAACUACGUUGCCUCUUAUCCCCUCACAAUCCUGCAGUUUCAGCGUUUCUGUUUUCCCUGUUAAUUUUGUCUUAAUUUUUUGUCGUUCCUUUUUGAGUUGACUGCUUCGGGUACUUGACACUUUAUAAUUGUAUACAUGUAUAUACGGCAGGUGGUGAUAUGACAUAGGUCCCCUCUUAAUGCUGAGGUGUACUUAACCAGUCUGGUUUUUCCUCUUAGGCUUGAUGUCAUAUUUCUCACAGAGUGAAGCUUGUGGGUGAACAAAACAAAAACUGUAUGAAUGUUUGGUGAAAAAAAGAAAACAUUUAGUCACCCAUUUGUUUUAAACUUAACACUUGACAUGUAUAGUUCCUGCCCAAAGGAUGAGGAGGUCGAAUGAAUGAAUGUGCUUAACUUUGUGCAGUUUUUCGGAAUCUGUCCUUGUGUGACAAGGCGCGGGUAGCAUUUAACCAACAGCAGGUUAAAGGAAUGGCAGGGAGCCUGAGUGAGAGAGUGAUAAAGAGUACGAAGAGGCGAUAGAUGAGCACCUUUUUUCUAUGUUUGCACAGCUUUACUAAAGAUAUCCAACAGAGCAAGAAAAAGAGAGGUAUAUUUAAAGGAAGUGGGCUGGUGUUGGGGAGGGAGUGAGAGGUGGUUUUAUGCAUCAUGCUUAUUCCAAUCUUUUUGCCCAAGGGACCACACAACCAUAAGGCAACCUGUAUGAUGAAGAGAGCAAUAAAUACCUGUCCAAGUUGGGAGGCCAAAUAGGAGUGCAGCUGCAGCUAGUUGUUGAUGGGGGAGGGGAACAAGGGAAGGGGAGGGGGAUCUCACAAUGUCUGUUGCAUUCCAAAAAAUAAUCUCCCCCAGCUCAGCCACGUUUCCAGGCAGGAGGGGAUCAAAUCAGGCCUUUUCUCUCCCUCUCUCUCCCUCUGUAGUCCUCUAAUGCCCUCGAACCAGCCUGGAGGGGAUAUUAUUAUAUUAGAGCCUGGUGUUACUGUGGGUAAGAUGCCUGGUGCUGGCAGUUUAGUGUUUGUGUGUUUACAUGUAUGUGUGUCGGUGUGUGCAUACAUGUGUGCGUGGCAGCCAGGGUCCCUCUGGCCACAUCAUCACUGUGUGAGUCAGCCACAGCCUGUUCAAACAUGCAUCCUGAGCUGCCAGCCCCGAUGCACUUUCUCUGUUUCUCACACACAUAACACACACUCGCACUCUCUGGGUAUCCAGGUAUCCAGUGGAGAAGGGGAAAACACCAGAGCUGACAAUUCUGUCCGAACAUUGUCAGUGACUCAAUACAUCUGGAUUUGUACAUCUCAAAAUAUCCACAUUGUGUGACUGUAUUCCAAAUCCAAUGUUACUUUUUUAGACCUAAAGCAUAUUGAGCCUUUGAGUUAAGAAACAUUUUUAUUAUUUUGAGUUCCCCCCCCCGCCCCCCACCCACCAUACUCUAUAAUUUCUGCAGUAGUGAGGCCGUUCAACUAUCAAGUCCUUUGCACCUUAAUUGGAAAGCAGGUUAUGAUGCACUUUGUUACUGAGGAGGGCGCUUUUGUCAACGAAACGGGUACUUUGAAACAAACCAGUUGCAAAUGAGAUCAGUGCUUUCUUCUCUGUCUGAGCAUGUGAUGUUCAGCUCUUUCUCUCUGGUUUUGUUCAGGUUUUGAUGACAAGCUGCCAAAAAAAAACAAAAAAUGCACGAGUUCCGAUCUCGAAGAGAAGCCAGGCAGGUUCAGAUACAUGUUAGGUUUGUGACCAUAAACAAAAAAAUAUAAAAUUAAUCCAUUCAACUGAUUGCACUUGAAGUUAGUUAUUAAAAAUUCUAAUGAGUUAUCUGUAUGUCUUAAUAUAAGGUAAGGGGAUAGAGGGGGCAGGCAAGGAAGAAAGAUGGAAAGAAAGGGCACUGUGUGUGUGUGUGUGUGUCUAUGCAUGCAUAUUUUUUGCGUGCGUGUGCACAGGCAUGCAUUGCUGGCUGGCAGGCAGGAGGGUCUCAGGACAAGCUUGGAUAAACAAACUUCAUGUCUACCCCAUCUGUUCACCAGCUACUCUCAUAACUACACAUGUUCUCCAAGGAACCACAGUGAUAAUAGGUCCACGGUACCACAGAAGCAAAAAUACCAUAUUGUAAAACGGCUCAUUGGACAUUUGCUUGUUUACUUUAUAGCUCUCUAGGUCCAGAUUUGCAUAACUCUUCUUUUACCCUUGGUGGCCAUUGUCAGGGGUUGGCGAGGUCCUCAGAGUUUUGUUUCUAUUUUUGCAUCUCUGUUAUGAUAAAGAUGGGCUUCAUUAUUGCACAGUUUGACUCCCAUAGGCAGACCAAUGUAAAAUGGUCGAGGCUGAUAUCUGCCUGGUUUGUGAUAUUUAUCUUAAGUGGUACUUGGCAUGGGCUACAUAAACCCGUUUAGUCUUGAUGUGGCAGAGUUUUACGCAACCUGUUGAGACUUUUUGAGCCAUUUAAAAUAUGUUUCUUUGGACCUUAAUAUUUCCCGAAAGUCUUAUGUGUGUUGAUUAACCAAAGCUUUUCUUGUCGCGAGAUUUGCCCACAGUCAAGGUCUUCUGUAGUCUAGAGGUAAUAAAAGUAUGUCUAUAAUUUAUCCAGACUGGGCCUCCCUGACUAAGCCACACACAGUUGCCCUCCUCUUGAAUAUAUAUGCAGAAAUGUGUGUGGAAUCCUACAGAUAUUUACUUGAGUUCACUUUCUAUCGCUCUUUGUGUCCUUGUGGACAAUAGAAUCAGAUGUGUAAGGAUGUAUAGUUUUUUUUCUGUCUACACUUGUUUUUCUUACAAAUAACGUGUUGUGCUACAGCUAUUUUUUAUUUCUAACAAUUUUACAUGGCUGCACGUAUGUGUGUGUAUGUGUGUGCGUGCGUGCGUGCGUGGGUUGGGGUUAUGGUUUUGGAUUGCUGUGCCAGGAGGGUGGGUUAAAUGGGUUCUUGGGUGGGGUUAUGGAUACAAAGCCUGAUAGCACUGGAAAUUGUGCUUAAGCUGAGAGAGCAAAAGUUUGCACUAAUGUUAAAUGUCCUUGUCCUGCUUAUGGGAGAAGGGCAGGAGACCUCAGAGAGGCCUGUGAGUUUCCAUGAGCACAGAGCAGUGUGGUAAAUACUCAAUGGUCUCAUAAAGAGUCCAUCCAACCCCUCCAUCGAAAUAAUCAUGUACAGUAUAAUAAGAAAUACGCAGACGUCCAACAACAACAAAUACCAAAGGAAAAAAAUGACUUACAUUCAAGUCAUUGGACAUUUUAAGCUACAAAUCUAAUGUUGAAUUAGUAGAAGUUUGUUGUUUAAUCUGAAGGCUCUUGAAAAGAGAUUUCAGAUGUCACUUUUGAUGGGAACUCCUAAUGUUGUGGUAACAGCAAAUUACAUUUGCUAUUGAUUUUGAGACAUGAUAAAAUGUACCAUAUUUAGGCACUUAGGACCUUUAGUCCUCCUUUUGUCUUGGUCUGAUGACUGAGGUGACAAAUGUGUGUCAGUGUGGGUGCCAGAGAUACUGAAUCCAGUUCUUUCUAAGUCUAGAGUUGAGGGGUCUAGUCCCAAAUUGACUAAUGUUCAUUUAAUGAAUAGUUAAUGGUGAUUUGAAUUGUCCAACACUGAUAUUUUGAUUGUCGGAUGAAUUUGAUGAUUUUGGUUUACUUCCUGUAAAGGUUGGACUGAAUUGAAAUGUUGUCCUUGAAGUGGACUGGGACUGUGUGGCCUUGUGUGAGCACCAUUAAGCUUUUUGUUUUGAUCAAUCCAGACAGUGAUAUUGUGCAGUGUGGGGCUGAGGCUCACUCCCACCGGGUGGAAACUGCAACAUCAAGGGCCACAGUGUGCCUUACAUGAACUGGGACAAACUACACACUUUGUCCACCUUUGUACCAUAGACAGUUGUUUAUUGUCCAUGUUUUGAAACCAAAUUAUAAGAGUUGUUUGGCUUGGUAUUGAAAUCGAUUAUUUAGCUGUCAAAGGUUUUACUUGUAAAAAAAAAAAAGAAAAAAAAAAAAGAAAAGAAAAAUAGUGUGUGUUUAGUAGCCACUACUUCAGAGCUGUGUCUCUGUUAGCCUUUAUGGCUCCACAAAUGCCUCAGCCCCAGACCAAGGUUACUCUGACACAGGCUGCAGAGAAUGUCUCAGAACUUCAUUGUAAAUGUUUUUCCAAAUUGACCUUCAUGUUUAGUUUUCUUGUGCUGUUAUCAAAGUUUUUUGGUGCAUCUAUCUCUAAGGCCAUAAAACAAAGACAACCAACAACUACGAUAACGGUGAUAACUGUAAAUAAUCAAACAAAAAGGGACGGGGCGACUGGGCUUGUGGCGACAGAAGGGGGACUAUUCGCUUUGCUUCGUCAUUUUGCUGCACACCUGAUUUUUUUUGUGUGUUUUCCAUCAGGCUCUUGAUGCACAGCAAGCUGAGUGCAGCAUAUGCAGUACGGCACUAUGCGCAGCGUGGCUCUGGCACUUCCACAGACAGCCCUGGGUCCUUCAGAGAGGCAGGCAGCUGUCUGUUGGCCGCUAUCAGCCAAGUGGGGACAGUUUGCACUUGGAGUCUUUCUCCAUCUCUGGGGAUGCAAAGGCUGGCAUAAAUACAGGAGGGUUAGGGGGUAGGCUGGAUGUACGCAUGCUGUGUUGUUUUCAGGGAUGAGGUGAGAAAGUGGAGGUGAUGGACUGUUUGUUUACUGACCAAUGGUUCAGUAUUGGUCAUUUAAACUGAUGGGAAUUGCAUGGCCAUAAUAUAAUGAGAAUUGUAACUCAAAGGAGGUCACCACAGAUUUCACAGUGUGGAACUGCAACAGUGAGAAUGUUGCUGAUUCCCCUUGUCUCUAUGUAAGUACUUCUCAGGUGGAAAAUACACUGCUAUGCAUUGGGUUUCAAUGUCUGCUCAGUUUCUAGUAUGUCUGGUCACCCUCCAAGUUACUUCUAUGUCUUUUGCCUUUCUUGUUUAUACCAAUAUCCAACUUAAUAUUUCCUUGGAAAGAUAAAAGCAAGACCAGUUCCCUCAUUGUUAAGUGGCUGUGACCAGCCUAUUUCUCCAUCUAAUAUUGAUCUAGUGAAUUGUUUGUUGGGAGGAAGGAAGCCACUAGAGAUUCAGUCUUAUUAGUCAGACUGUAACAUUUUUGAAAGGAGAUGGGGUUGGAAAAGCACAUGGGGUGGGGUGUGGGGGGGUAUAUGUUCUCUUACUUUCUUCUCCCAUCUCUCUCCCUCUCUCUGGACUUAGAGUCUACAUCUUUGCUGCCGACCGGCCUUUGAUCAAAGAUCACACAUGCUCAGCAAGGGAAUCGACAGGAGAGAAAGGAGGGAGAGGAGAUUGGAUGAGGUGUGGAGGAAGAGACAGUUUUCAGUUUGCAGUCACCUAAACCAAUUUUAGGAUACAUUCCAUAACUUUAACUUCAUACUGUGAUUCCCACUUCGGAGUGUUUGGCUGGUUUAAAGGAUGUGUGUCGGAGACAGCAGGAGGAAACGGUCAACAUUGGCUUUUUCAGUCUUUCUGUCUAGCCUCACAAUCCUGCGACAGACAGACAGACAGACAGACAGACAGACGGUUCAAAAGGCCCCCAGCGUAACGCUAUCCAACUGCCUUUUUUCAGCUUCUGCGAUUGUAACAAAAGCACUUUGCGAAAGGCCAUCCUGAAUUUUGUGUGCUUUUAUGUUAUGGUUAUCACUAUUGUUAUUAUUUUUGUUGUUCCUGUUGAUGUUUUCUCAUUGCAGAUUAUUUAAAUGCAAAAAAAGAAUAUAUUGAAAUUUUUAAAAAAUGAAAACUUGAAUAUUUGGUAUCUGGAUUGAAGGUGGUUCAAGCUGCCACCCCAUCUGGACUUAAACAAACACAUCUCUGUUAUUACAACCACCAUACUUUUAUAUGCAGCUUAUUGCAUAGUCACACAGGGGUAGGGGGAGGGGAUACAGGCUGGAUCUCCCCCUGCCCGUUUUCUGCUUACUGUCUCAGAUCCUGUUGGGAGAAAGGUCAUUUGAUCUUAUUUUGGGAGACUCCUUUUUCUUGAAAAAGAAACCUGUAUAACAGUUGCAAAGCUUUCUGAGAAGGCUAGCUGUGCUGAAUGUUAAACAUGCAGUGUUGUAUCCACUGCAGAAUAUCUUUGUCUGCAAUAACACCCUGUCUGUUGUAAGAAAAAAAAAGUACAAAAAAAAAAAAUACAAAAAAAAAAAAAGCUGGAUCUGGUAUCCAUAUAGAG